AUGGGAGAGCCUGAGGAACCGGAGUCUACCGUGGUAUCCGAGGCGGGUGUUUCAUCGCCGCCUCCUCCACCGCCUGAUCCUCUUCAACUGUCAGACGAUUUGCCAGUAGCAGCGCUGACGCUUGAUGAAGCAAAAAUUCGAAGACGCAGAGAGAAAAUGCGCAACUUCAGAAAGUAUCUUGUAGAUACACAUGUCGUCGACGCGCUUGCCAAACUUCUGAUUGGCAUCUUUGAAGCCGGGGAGAGGCCUGAGAGGCCUCAGGAUUUUUUCGUUGACUAUUUCGGGGAAUACCGAGACCCUGUUUUGGAUGAAAUUGACGAGCUAUCCAAGCGCAAAGAGGAGCUUAUUUCCUUCAACAGAGAACUGAGUGACGAGCAAGAAGAGCUCAGCGCGCAAAUCGUUCUUGUGACGCAGGAACGCCUCCACCAAAAACUGUGGAAGGCGAUAUCUCGAGACGCAGAAUCCGUGACUAGCCUCCAGGUGUACCAGCGGCUGUGUGAGAAGAAGAAACCGAAGGGGGCCCUCAAGGGUCACACGUUCAAUAAAGCGCAGUUUCUGCGUUUCCUCGCGGGCGGCAUGACAGAGGAAUGGCGAAGCGGGGUGUUGGCUGCACUCUAUCCUCAAGGAGAUAAGAACGGAUUUCUGGCGUCUGCCCCGUUCAAAGCAGACCCCGAAAACAGCCUCGUGAACGCAUUUGUGGAAGCCAACAACGCGUACGACCGAAAAACUACUGAGGUCUCCUGA